CCAACAAGAUUACCUGUGAAAGUCUUCGUCUUCCCAUCAUUUUCCCUCUAACAUCAACCAAAAAGAUGUUUUUGCUUUGAAACCACUUUGAGAAGAAGAAGAAAGAAGAAGACUUUAUCAACCAAAAUGGGUGAAGAAACUUGUGAGGAAUCAAAAGCAAGCAUAGAGAAAGCAAUCGAAGCAAUAUCUUCAUUGAUUUCACUCUCUCACUCAAUCAAAUCCUUCAACAUCAAAUGGCAACUCAUAAGAACCAAACUCGAAGAGCUUUACUCUGGUCUCUCUGCUUUAGAGAAUCUCAAUUCUGGAUUCGACCCAUCUCUCUCAAGCUUAAUCUCCGCCAUUCUUAUCUCUCUCAAAGACACUUACGAUCUCGCUACUCGUUGCGUUAACGUUUCCUUCAGUGGUAAGCUUCUUAUGCAGAGCGAUUUAGAUGUUAUGGCGGGGAAAUUCGAUCGACACACGAGGAAUCUAUCUCGGAUUUACUCUGCUGGGAUUCUAAGUCAUGGAUUUGCGAUCGUUGUGUUGAAGCCUAAUGGUAAUGCUUGUAAAGAUGACAUGAGGUUUUACAUUAGGGAUUUGUUAACGAGGAUGAAGAUUGGAGAUCUGGAGAUGAAGAAACAAGCUUUGGUUAAGCUUAAUGAAGCUAUGGAAGAAGAUGAUAGAUAUGUUAAGAUUGUGAUUGAGAUUAGUGAUAUGGUUAAUGUUCUUGUUGGGUUUCUUGAUUCUGAGAUGGGGGUUCAAGAAGAAUCUGCGAAAGCUGUGUUUUUUAUAUCUGGGUUUGGUUCUUAUAGGGAUGUUUUGAUCAGAUCAGGUGUGAUUGGUCCUUUGGUUAGGGUUCUUGAGAAUGGGAAUGGUGUUGGUAGAGAAGCGUCUGCAAGGUGUUUGAUGAAAUUAACGGAGAAUUCGGAGAAUGCUUGGUCUGUUUCUGCUCAUGGAGGUGUUUCAGCAUUGUUGAAGAUAUGUUCUUGCAGCGAUUUUGGUGGUGAGUUGAUCGGUACUUCGUGUGGAGUGUUGAGAAAUCUUGUUGGUGUUGAAGAGAUCAAGAGGUAUAUGAUUGAAGAAGAUGAUACUGUAGCGAAUUUCAUCAAGCUUAUUGGAUCGAAGGAAGAGAUUGUUCAGGUAAAUUCCAUUGAUUUACUGUUGAGUAUGUGUUGUAAGGACGAACAAACUCGCGAAAUCUUGGUUAGAGAAGGAGGAAUUCAGGAGCUGGUGAGUGUAUUAUCUGAUCCAAAUUCGUUGUCUUCUUCGAAAUCUAAGGAGAUAGCAUUAAGGGCGAUUGAUAACUUAUGUUUUGGAUCUGCGGGUUGUUUGAAUGCAUUGAUGAGUUGCAAAUUCUUGGAUCAUUUGCUGAAUCUGCUAAGGAAUGGGGAGAUUUCUGUUCAAGAAUCAGCCUUGAAGGUCACAUCUAGGCUAUGUAGUUUACAAGAAGAAAUUAAGAGGAUAAUGGGAGACGCGGGUUUUAUGCCUGAGCUAGUUAAAUUUCUCGACGCCAAAUCGUUAGAUGUCAGAGAAAUGGCGAGUGUGGCGCUCUACUGUUUGAUCUCGGUUCCAAGAAACAGGAAGAAGUUUGCGCAAGAUGACUUUAACAUUAGCUACAUUCUCCAGUUGCUAGACCAUGAAGAUGGGAGCAAUGUGAGCAGCAAUUCAGGUAACACUAAGUUUUUGAUAUCGAUAUUGAUGUCUUUAACGAGCUGCAAUAGCGCGAGAAGAAAGAUUGCGACUUCAGGGUAUUUGAAAAGCAUAGAGAAGCUAGCAGAAACUGAAGGUUCAGAUGCUAAGAAACUUGUGAAGAAGCUAUCUAGGAACAGAUUCCGCAGCAUACUCAGUGUCAAUGAAGGAAAUCAUACUUCCUCCCUUAAUGCACCUUAUGUGCGGAGAAGUCAACAGUUACCCUCAUCUAGGGAGUUGUAUAAGGAAAAAGCCUCUCAAGUGAAGUCGUCUUCAAGAAUUGAUCAGCAUCGACAUUCCCCUGCAAGGCCAGAGCGUCAAGCUACAGAAACCAGGUCAAGGACCUCUGGCAUUAAAGACAUGGGUGAUUCUAACACUCCAAAGUCAAGGAGGCCAGCCUUGGAGAGAGUAGAGCAAGUUGCUCCGGCUCCUAUACUACCAACUCCCCCUCUUACUUCCUCAAUGUCUGAUCGCCUACAAGAUGUGGAGAUUCAGUACUUAGGGGAUUCGGGUUCACCUGAUGGAUUUGGUAUACAGCCAGUAGUCCCAGAGCUUGGUGACUGCAGUGGGUCAAGGCCUUUAUCUGAUACAGAGAGAGUUCACACAUCUUUGCGGUUAGGUGCUCCUCUUGAGUCGAUAACAGUUACAAUCCCCAGUAAAGUCCCAGCUGUAAAGAACACAAGGAAAAGGAAAGUCCCUCCCAAAGUUGCAAAACCAAGAGCUGUUCCUGUACAGAGAGUUAAUCGCAGUCCUCUCCAAGGAGCAAGUAUCAGGAAACAGAAUGUGACAGGAAGGAAGCCGGCUUCUCGCAAAAAGUUAAGAGUAGACAACUUACCUGAAGCUCAAGAAGAUCCUUCCAUGGCCCUGCCAAUUGAUCCUCCUCCUCCACAAAUGGAUAGUAUGGUCUGGUUACCUGUGAAAUCAGGAAGUUACACUACCAAAACUGGUUAUGCCUUAGCUAAACUGAACUCAGUCCCGUUAAAGAAUCAAGGAUUUAACUGGCAGAAGAAUAUCUGGAAGCUUCACACCUCUCCGAAGAUAAAGCACUUCCUGUGGAAAGCCAUGAAAGGGGCUCUGCCUCUCGGGGAUGCUUUAGCUCGCAGGAAGAUCGCCGCAGAUACUCACUGUAAGAGAUGUGGACAGGAGGAAACCACCCUCCACUUACUCCUCCUCUGUCCCUUCGCCAAAAAGGUUUGGGAGCAGACCCCAGUGUUAUUUAAACCAGUUGAGACAGUCCACACUUCAGUGGAGCUUCUUCUUGUUGGUGCAAAGCGCAUGGUCUCUCUACCUCCAACAGGUCUCUCCGCAGCCCCGCUGUACCCCUGGAUUUUAUGGCACCUCUGGAAAGCUAGGAAUCAGCUGAUCUUUGAGGACCGCAGCUUCACAGAAGAGGGUCUUGUGAUAAAAGCCAUUAAUGAUGCUCGUUGUUGGAUGGAAGCUCAGCUUCAUUUACCUCAGGUGUCGGCUGCUCACAAAGAUCCCUCCUCCCCACACCCAAAUCCGGAGUUUUCAAACUGCUUUGUGGAUGCAGCAUGGAUUGACUCUGGAUAUUGCGGGCUGGGCUGGAUUUUGCAGGAUUCAAACAAAGUGACGAUCAAGGUGAACCAGACCUCCCGCAGCUUUGUUGGUUCUGCUCUCAUUGCUGAGACAAUUGCUGUACAUUCAGCCUUGGUGGAUGCUCUAUCUACCGGUGUGCUACAGCUAAAUGUCUUCUCGGACUGUAAAGAGUUAAUCUCCCUUCUCAACUCAGGAAAAAGCAUCGUCAUACUUCGAGGGCUACUUCAUGAGAUCAGAGAACUGAGUGUGUCCUUUACCAAUCUCUGUUUUUAUUUCAUUCCUCGUACUAGUAAUGUAGUUGCAGAUGCUAUCGCUAAAGCAGCUCUGAAUGUUGUACUCUCUUCUUCCCCUUCCUCUGUUAGUGGAGGUUAGGAUGCUUAUCAUUUAUAUAAUGAAGUUUGAUCAAAAAA